AUGACUGUCGUUACUACUAUAGGAUACGGUCAUAUCAUACCAAAAACAAAUUUUGCAAAAAUUUUAACAAUGUUAGUGGCAACAGUUGGCAUUGUAUUAAAUUUCGUUUUUAUUGCCGCAGUAGCCGAAUUUAUUAAGCGUAAUAUGGAUCGAUUUUCGUCUCCAUUUUUACAAAAAUUUGAUGAAACAAACCGAAAAUGGAAAUUUGCUGUUAAACUUUUUACCUAUGGUUUCUUUGGAACUGUUCUCAUUCUUAUAUUAGCAGCAAUGGUUAGUUAUAUCGAACGUUGGGGCUACUUGGAUGCAUUCUAUUUUGUUUAUAUUACUCUCAGCACGAUUGGAUUUGGAGACUAUAUAGCUGGAGAUAAUAUUCAAAGUGAAAUAAAAUUAACGUUCUAUCGUCUUCUUGUUUAUAUAUGGAUCUACUUUGGAAUGGUGAAUAACGAGAAAGAGACAGAGGGCGCUUAUAUAGCGCUACUGAUUCAAACAAGUGCCGAUUAUUUUACCGAACACUCUAUGGAAAUAAUGAAAUUAGCCGCAGCGAAUAUUGUUCGCUUGAAUUGUGGCACAUAUAUUGUUACGCAAGAUGAAGAUAAUUUUUAUAAACGUUUGAUGUCGUUUAGUAGUUAUUCAAAUGGAAAACGCCAACGAACAUCAUCACGACCAUCGAUUGAUCAAGAACAAUUAUCGACUCCUCGACGAAGUAGAAUACGUCCAACAAUACAUCGAAAAUUAUCGAAUUUAAGAGAAAGUUUAAAAUUAAAACAAGUGACAGCAGAUAAUUCAGAUCGUAAAAUGUCAAUAUGUAGAGAUGCGUCAACAAAUACAGACGUAGAUUCUGAUACUAGACAAAAUUUAGAUGAUCAAAAUCAAUUUAUAUCGGAUGUAGAUGACGCAGAGGAAAUAAAAUGUUAG